AAGGUUAAAAACUAUGUUUCCUUGUCAUCAUCCAAUACACUCUUGCCACGUGGUAUCCCAUCUGACCCACCUAUAGUCUUAGAUAGGAGUUGAGAGAGAAACGAGAACCUGCAGACCUUAAGGGCCUGACGAUUUAAAGGCUCGCCAUCAUUAUUUCCACUAAUUGCUCACACAUCUUCAUCUCCCUCAGAAAAACCCUCAAACAAUUAUAUCCAUUUUCAGGCAGUGUAACUUGGAUAUUCUUCACGAUGAGAAUAGCAUCAUACAUUGUUUAUCUAAGACUCAUGAUCAUCAUGGCUUUCAUGCCCUCAUUUCUUCUUUCAUCAUAUUUACAGCCUAUUCCCAAAGUUCCCACACUCUCAUCUUCACCAGCAACAUUAACAGAUCCUCCUCCAUCUUCACUGUCCCCUUUCCAAGAGUUGUCCCCAGACAUUGCUCCACUGUUGCCUUCCCCUGGUGGUGUGUUGCCAACUCCUGCUGGCUCUGACAUUCCCACCAUUCCCUCCAAUCCAAGCCCUCCAAACCCAGAUGACAUGAUCGCUCCUGGACCACUUUCUGCUUUUUCUCCAUUUGGAUCAAUGCAGGCUUCCUCCAAUGCUCCUAGAACUCUAGUUGGUAACCUAGCCACUACUGCUUUUGCAGGUUUAGCAGCAUAUUGGUCUUUGCAGUAUAUGAGAGUAUGAGUGAUUUGGGAUAUGGCAGAUUCCGAUUAUUGUAGACUAGAUUCUCUUUCUUGUAUGUUAAUUUUUCAUUCUUACCUUGUAGCAUAUGAUAAUAUAAUAAACCCCCUGUUUCUUUCUUGAUUAGCUUGAGAAUAAGUUAUAACUUUCCCAACAGUAUCAUUUUUCUUUUUCAUAAUUCUACUGUUGAUUUACCAGGUGUAAUUAUUGAGGUUAGCCCUUUUUUGUUUGGUUUGUUUUCCCAUUAUGUUAAAUGAUCCUUUAUCUUUCCAAUCAGAGGCCUAUGAUUGAACCUUUUAGGAGCCUUUUUGCAUUUCCAGCUUCACUUUGCGUAUAGCUGUAACGCUCGUUCAGAUCAAAAUGUAAGAUUUAUUUGAUUCCGGCUGUCA